UAUCCAAGAUGCGAUUUUGUCUUUCCAGAUCUAGGUCACUCCACAAUCUUAAUUACGGUGGGACAGUACCAAGAGACUCAACAUCACUCGCAAGGGCCUCUAACGCUUUUGCCGCGCAAUAUUUCCUACGCAAAUGCCUCUUUCUAUGGAUGCUCGUUCGCCAGCUACCAGGAUACGUGGUACACCAGUCGAAAUGGAAGCACGUACGUCUUUGAUAGUGUCAUAUAUGGUCAAACAGAUUGGGACGGAUCUUUUCGGAUUCGGCACUGCGGUUUCGUCUACUCCUCUCAACCCUCGCGUCGAGAUAGUUUCAUUCAGAACGUCGUUCUUGCCAAUGGCGCGUGCGGUGGUGGUAUCGUCGCGUGGAAGGGUACUAAUUUAACAGACGCACCCGGUAACCGGUACAGUGCAUACAUUUUUGACUCUCGAAUCAUUCGAGUAAGAUGUCGAGUUCGCUCCUUGUAUUCAGUAUUUCCUGACCAUGAUCCAUAGUCCCCCGAUGCGAAUGCGACUACCGAC